AUAUCACAGAAGAGAACCAUGAGAAAACACUGUGCUCUCAAACAUGGAAUACUCAAGGAAUUCCUGGCAGAAUUCCUGGGAACUUUUAUCUUGGUUUUGUUCGGCUGUGGAUCAGUGGCUCAAACCGUCCUCAGCAGAAACACCUUGGGUGAAGCUCUCACCGUCCACAUCGGGUUCUCCGUAGGACUGACCAUGGCAGUGUAUGUGGCCGGCGGAGUGUCAGGCGGACACGUAAACCCUGCUGUCUCUCUGGCCAUGGUGAUUCUGGGCAAACUGAAGAUCUGGAAGUUUCCAUUCUACAUCAUUGCUCAGUUUCUUGGUGCCUUUUCAGGAGCUGCUGCGGUUUUUGGAUUAUACUAUGAUGCGUUCAUGGACUUCACCAGUGGAAUUCUGUCAGUGACAGGAAUCAAUGCCACAGGUCACAUUUUUGCCUCGUACCCCGCCAGACACCUGUCAGUGCUGGGGGGCUUCAUCGACCAGGUGGUGGGCACAGGGAUGCUGGUUCUGUGUAUCCUGGCCAUCAUAGACGGCGGAAACAUCGGAGCUCCUAAAGGCGUGGAGCCUCUGGCCAUCGGCCUGAUUAUCAUGGCUAUCGGCGUGUCCAUGGGGCUGAACUGUGGUUACCCUCUGAACCCUGCCAGAGACCUGGGACCACGGCUGUUCACAGCUGUGGCUGGAUGGGGGAUGGAGGUGUUUAGCACUGGAGAUUACUGGUGGUGGAUCCCUGUGGCGGGGCCCAUGGUGGGAGGAGUGCUCGCUGCUGUCAUCUACUACCUGCUCAUUGAACUGCACCACCCACGUGACGAUAGGGAGAGGCCCCACGGUGAGGAGGUGGAGGAGGAGUUGGAGGAUGAAGACGAAGAGGAGGAUGAGGACAUGAGUCUGAAGGACAAAUACGAGAUGAUCACCAUGAGUUAA